AUGGCCAGACACUCCGUCUUGUGGUUCAUCCUGCUAAGCGCCCUGAUUGACAAGAGCCACUCCUGCUUCUGUGAUCAUUUCCCAUGGAGUGAGUGGUCCAGCUGCUCCAAAACCUGCAAUACUGGAACCCAAACCAGAUCCAGACAAGUAAUAAUAAAUGAAUACUAUUGGAAGAACUCCUGUGAGCAGCUUUGUACCUUCCGGGAGACCAGAGAGUGUAACUGGCAAGCUUGUCCGAUCAACUGCCUGCUGGGGGAUUAUGGACCAUGGUCAGACUGUGACCCCUGUGUCAAAAAGCAGUUUAAGGUUAGAUCUAUUUUACGCCCAAGUCAAUUUGGAGGACAAAAGUGUACGGAGCCCCUCGUGAAUUUUCAACCAUGUAUUCCAACUAAACUCUGCAAAAUCGAAGAGCUUGACUGCAGGAAUAAAUUCCGUUGUGACAGUGGUCGUUGUAUUGCCAGAAAAUUAGAAUGCAAUGGAGAAAAUGACUGUGGAGACAACUCAGAUGAAAGGGAUUGUGGGAGAAAAAAACCUGUAUGCCCACGGAAGUACAACCCCAUCCCUAAUGUAAAAAGGAUGAGCACUGGGUUUAAUUUUCUGGCAGGAGAGCCCCGUGGAGAAGUCCUCGAUAACUCUUUCACUGGAGGAAUAUGUAAAACUGUCAAAAGCAUUAAAGCAAGUAAUCCUUACCGGGUCCCAGCCAAUCUGGAAGAUGUCAACUUUGAGGUGGAAAUUAAAGAAAAUGAUUUGAAAACAGAGUUCUAUAAUGAUUUAACACCUAUUAGAAAGAACAAAGAUCAAAAAACCUCAUCUUUGAAUAAACAGGGGAGCGAUUUUCAUGUGCCAAUUUUUUAUUCCUCAACGAAACAUCAGUCCUCUACCCAAAAUUCUGCUUUCAAGGAAGCCAUUCAAGCUUCCCACAAAAAGGAUUCCAGUUUUAUUAGGAUCCAUAUGGUCAUAAAAGUCUUAAACUUCACAAUGAAAAGUAACGACCUGCAGCUGUCAAAUGUGUUUUUAGAAGCCCUUAACCAACUGCCUCUGGACUACAACUACGCUCUGUACAGCCGGAUAUUUGAGAACUUUGGGACUCACUACUUCACCUCUGGCUCCCUGGGAGGCGUGUAUGACCUCCUCUACCAGUACAGCCGGGAGGAACUGAAGAACUCAGGCUUAACGGAGUCAGAAGCUCAAAACUGUAUCCGGAUUGAAACAAAGAAACGCGUUCUCUUCUUUAAGAAAACGUCAGUGGAACACCGGUGCACCACCAACAAGAUGGCAGAGAAAUAUGAAGGCUCGAUGAUGCAGGGAGCGGAGAAGGCCAUCUCCUUGGUCCAAGGCGGGAGGAGUGAGUUCGCCGCGCCUCUGGUGUGGGAGAAGGGGACCUCGGGUCCAGACAAGAACGUCUUUUCUCAGUGGGUGGAAUCGCUGAAGGAUAAUCCUGUUGUGGUGGACUUUAAGCUCGCUCCCAUCACGGACUUGGUGCGAAACAUCUCCUGUGCGGUGACCCGACGGAACAACCUCCGGAGAGCCUUCCAGGAAUACGCAGCCAAGUUUGACCACUGCCAGUGUGCCCCGUGUUUGAACAAUGGCCGCCCCACUCUCUCGGGCACAGAAUGUCUGUGCGUGUGCCAGAGCGGCACCUACGGUGCCAACUGCGAGAGACGCGCCCCGGAUUUUAAAUCGGAUGCGGUGGACGGGAACUGGGGCUGCUGGUCUUCCUGGAGCCAGUGCGACCUCACCUACAAGAGAUCGAGAACCCGAGUAUGCAACAACCCCAGCCCGCUGCGAGGGGGGAAGCCCUGCGAGGGGGAGCAUCAGCAGGAGGAGCACUGCUCCAUCUCAAUCAUGCAGAACGAUGGACAAGCGUGUAUCAAUGACGAUGAAUAUGGGAAAGUAGACCCCCCUGACCCAGAGUCAGACACAGGGUGUCCUCCUCCAGAUCCUCCGGAAAAUGGAUUUAUCCGAAAUGAGAAGCAAGUAUACUCCGUUGGGGAAGACGCUGAAAUCGCAUGCUAUACUGGAUUCAAGCUCGUUGGAUACCAGUACUUCAGCUGCUUGCCAGACAGGACCUGGAGACAGCUCGAUGUGGAAUGCCAGCUGGCACAGUGCCUCAAGCCAGUGGUGCAGGACGUUCUGAGUAUAUCACCGUUUCAGAGAUCGUACGAAAUUGGAAAAUCCAUUGAGCUAACCUGUCCCAAAGGCUUUGUGGUUUCUGGGCCUUCGAGGUACACAUGCACUGAGGAUUCCUGGACACCGCCCAUUUCAAACUCACUCACCUGUGAAAAGGAUUUUAUGAGCAAAUUAAUGGGUCGUUGUCAACUAGGACAAAAGGAAUCGGGAUCUGAAUGCAUCUGUAUGUCUCCAGAAGAAGACUGUGGCCAAUAUUCAGAAGAUCUCUGUGUGUUUGACUCAGACUCCAACAGUCACUUUACUUCACCAGCUUGCAAAUUUAUGGCCAAGAAAUGUUUAAAUCAUCAGCAAUUCCAUUUUCUACAUAUUGGUUCCUGCCAAGAUGGUCCACAGUUAGAAUGGGGUCUUGAAAGAACAAAGCUUUCGUUCAACAGCACCAAGAGAGAAUCCUGUGGCUAUGAUACCUGCUACGACUGGGAAAAAUGUCCAGCCUCUGCUUCCAAGUGUGUCUGCAUGUUGCCCAAUCAGUGCAUCAAGGGUGGGGACCGACUCUACUGCGUCAGGAUGGGGUCAUCAACGAGUAGCAAGACAGUGAACCUCUGUGAAGUAGGAGCUAUAAGAUGUGCCAACAGGAAAGUGGAAAUACUUCAUUCUGGGAAGUGUCUGUCCUAA